UUUCUGAUUUUGUGUGUUUGAGACAGACAUAGACUCAUCCAAAGCCUUUACCAUGAAGCACCUUGUUCUGUUGUCGAUGCUGUUGGCGCUGGGGUGUGUGCACAUCCACGGUGCACCGGUGGAGCAGGAUGGCAUGGAGCAGGGGUCGUGUACAGAUGCCGUAGCGUUGGGUGCAGCAGAGCAGGCUCUCUCCAAAAUCAACCGGGAGCGUCAGGAGGGCUACAUCUUCAGCCUGCGCCGCCUGGCCAACGUCCACAUGACAAAACAUGAAGAGACCGGCUUCGUUUUCUACCUAACCAUGGAUGUUGUGGAGACAAACUGCAGUGUUCUCAGCAGGAAGAGCUGGAAGGAGUGUGAGACUCGUGGCGAACAUGAACAGCCAACAUAUGGACAGUGCAAAGCUGCUAUCUACAUGAACAGAGUGCACAGAGUGGUUCGCCUCUACAAGUACGACUGUGUUGUCAGACCAGUUCCUGCAGAAAGACUGACACGUGACUGUCCUGACUGUCCGACUCAUACAAGCUUCGACACCGAGGAUGUUCAGAAGACUGUGGCUAGCACUCUGGAGAAGUUCAACAAGGAAGGCGGGCUGAGCAAUUACUUUUCUGUGCUGAAAGUUACCCGUGCUACCUCAGGGUACGCUGUCGGUAUGUAUUACCAUGUAGAGUACACCAUCCAGGAGACAACCUGCACCAAGAGCGCAGAUGCUGCAAAGCCUGAUAACUGCCCCCCCAUGGCCUGCGAGUUUGCUCACAGAGGCUUCUGUAAGGGCUCCAAAUAUGGAACUCCAACGGGUGAAGACGUGAUCUCUGUCGACUGUGAGAUCUAUGAGCCUGAGGCUGCUGAGAGAGAGAAGAAACAUCACCUUCUGGGUGGUGAGACUGACCACAGCCACACCGCCUCAACAGCACAUGGAGCUGAACACGACCAAGCACACGCUGUCGACGCCACACACACACACGACCAUGUCCACGACCACACCAAGAGCCACGCUCAGCAUGAUCAAACCCACACACACGCUGACGGCAGCGACCACCACCACUCACACGACCAUGGAGUGGGCAGCUCCCACAAGCACGCUCACGACCACUCCCACGAUCACGGCCACGGCCAUGACCACGUGCACGCUCACCAUGCCAAGGCACACGACCACAGCGCUGACACACCCAACCAUCACCAUGACUACAAGCACGCAGAUGGCACACACACCCACGAUCACGACCACGAGCUUGCUCUGGACCACGACCACAAGCAUGCUCACUUGCACGAGCAUGAGCACCACCACCAUCACCAUGAUCACGAGCAUGAAACCACAGCCCACGACCACCCAGAGGGUACAGUGAGGGUGCUGCCCGCCCUCGGCCAGCCUGUGACCAUGCCUUCCUUCCCUGACGUGCCUGCAGCUGGCCCUGAGGUUGGAGUCACCCUGCCCCUCAAACCCGACCCCCAAAUCCCUGGAAUGACAGAACCCACCAUUCUGCCCUACCCCACCACACUCUCAGCCGACUGCGCCGCCCCGACCGCGGGAGAGGAAAGCCGCCUGCUGGAGAAACUCUUCGCUGAGGACCCCGAGUUCAAAAUAGCUGCGUAAAAUGGCUCAUAGAACAUGGAACUAAACUGAUCUGAACUG